GCCUCAUGCUGGCUCAAGGAAGGGUGCGAGAAAACCAGGCAUCCAUUACAUCACACAAAAGACACGUGAUAACUUUGUCCCGCGUUGCCUGCAGCUGACCCAGCGCUGCCCGCCCUCCCCGCGGUGCCCGUGCCCCAGAUCAGACCCGCGGGAGCCGCAGGGGCUCGGGGCGCGCCUCGCGCGCUCCGCGGAACGUGUGUUCGCGCCGGAAUCGCCCCAGGGAUGCGCGGGACGAGCCCAUUGCAGGCAGGGGUGCCCUCCCGCACCCCCUUAAGCCUGUGGGCGGUCCGCAGCGCGCCCGGCCCCGCCCCCUAGCCGAGCCGUGCUAUUAAUAGCACUGCCGCGGCCAUAUAAAGCGGGCGCAGCGCGGGCGCCGGCAGAGGGGCGGCUCUGCUCCGCCUUGGAGGGUCUUAAAGGGGCCGCGCGCUGCGGGGUCCAGCCGGCUGGGAACAUGGCUACGAGCGCCGUUCCAAGUGAUAACCUCCCUACAUACAAGCUAGUGGUGGUCGGAGAUGGUGGCGUGGGAAAGAGCGCUCUCACCAUUCAGUUUUUCCAGAAGAUUUUUGUGCCAGACUAUGAUCCAACCAUUGAGGAUUCCUACCUGAAACACACGGAAAUAGAUGGGCAGUGGGCUAUUCUGGACGUGCUAGACACCGCAGGGCAAGAGGAGUUCAGCGCCAUGCGGGAGCAAUACAUGCGGACAGGAGACGGGUUCCUGAUAGUGUAUUCAGUCACGGACAAAGCCAGCUUCGAACACGUGGACCGGUUCCACCAGCUCAUCCUCAGGGUCAAAGACAGAGAAUCAUUUCCAAUGAUUUUGGUGGCCAACAAAGUUGAUUUAAUGCAUUUACGAAAAAUCACCAGGGAACAAGGAAGAGAAAUGGCAACCAAACAUAAUAUUCCAUACAUCGAGACGAGUGCCAAGGACCCGCCUCUAAAUGUGGACAAGGCCUUCCAUGAUCUUGUUAGAGUAAUAAGAUGCAGCCACGCUGUUCGCUUCCCCUAGCCAGUAACCCUGCGCCACCAUCAUCACCAGGGGCCACAUCUGGACACGCUUAACUCUGACAUCUGCUGGAAACCAGUGGUUUUUGAGAGUUGCUCGCACUUUAACUUUUCCUGUAACAUUUGGAAAUGGAUGAUUUCCGUAACUCCACUACAGGCUUCACCCGGGUCCAGGCUUCGGUCCCCAAAAUAUAGCUCGUAAAACAUUCUUGGUUUAUCCUGCCUUGUUACUUUUUGUACAUGUAUAUCUUAUCGCUUGUGAUAGGGAGGCCUGCCAAAGGACCGAGACGGUGAGCGGAAUAAUGUUUUUACUAGAGCCAGGCAGGAAAUUGUUUUCCCAUCCUGCAAAACAGUGCAGGGGUUUGCUCCUUUUCCUGUCCACGCCAGAAUAAAACCAGGAACUUCAGGAGAUUUUCAUGCAUAUCAAGAGCAAGGCCCAGUGCAGAACACCUGUGGCCCAGUGUCUAGGGCUCUCACCUGGAAUAUAUAAGAUGCAGGGAUUUGAGUAAAUUUAGCCAUUUGCGCUUCUGAGCCUUUUCCCUUCCUACUCUCUGCUUUUGAGCACAAGGUCCAUCCUGGAGCUGACAAACCUUUCUCCCCAUGAAAUACUUAUCAAAUCCUCUGCACUUCCACAGAGGGUUUGUUGUUGUUGAUUGGGUGUUUUUCCGAUUAAAAAAACCCCCUUUUGUCUAAAAAUUCCUGAGCAACUCAUAGUUACACCAAUUGUCAAUCCAAAGUGGUACUGCUACAGCCUCAUGCACAUCUGUCCAAGCUGUAGCCCAGCAGAUUCUCACGCCAAAUGUCCUAAAUAAGGUGAACAGAGUCAUUGCUUUCAGUUGAUCUCAGUUACAGGAUUUGGCUGUAUACCUAACAAAUAAAAUCCUGCGUUGCUGAAAUGAAGCCAUCUUAAUGAAAUGCAGGUAUGUAUUUUUAGCAGCACACACAUGCAUCCUACUCGCCAGCUUUUAAAUUCAGGAAGUGAAUAACAUGACUAAAACUCCCAGGGAGAAUUUCCAGUACAUGGGGUUAUUUGCUUAAAAAAAGACAUAUUUUGAGAAAAAUGCAGCAGGAUCUUGCAGAAUUAUGAGUGCUCGAGGCCUCCGUUUUCAUUUGUAGUCGGUAAGAUGCCGUGACUUGCAGCAGCCCACACCGGCUGAGCAGUUUUGUGCAAGGGCGGUGAGACCUAUUGUAUUAUGCAGAACAGUCGUAAAGCUCUGCCUGCCGCCGCGCUUCUGCUUGUUGGCUUCCUGAUUCGGGGCCUGUGCUUGGAGAUAGCACUGUUUAGAUUUCCACAAUGCUGUAACUCCAAUUGCAACAUCUGGCUGUCCUCUGGUUGACAGAAACUGAGAAGAUUGGCUGGGGAUUUUCUUGCAUUGGUAGGCGACUUUGCCCUUUUUUUCUGCCCACAAAGUAGAUGCAUUUUGAGUCUUUUUAUGCGUGGGGUGACAUCAGGCCACGGAUUUUCUACCUCGGCGAGUAGUUGUUUCUUGUCUUGCUACAGGUUUCCUCUGCUAUGAUGGCACAUUGCUCAAACCUCUGGGUGAAUCCCAGGCCUAAGUGAUAUCAGUAAGCUGUUGCCUUUCAAUUUUGGCUUGUAGUUUCCUAAUCUGACAACAUUUUCCCUCCCACCAGGGGUAAUUUUCCUGAAAAGAUUUGGCACAACAUUUAAUGACCUGACAUUUGAAUGUCAUUUUUCACUUGGUCAGUGCCCCACGUUGUUGCAAAUGGGCAUCUCUUCUACUAAUGCUAUCAGCUGAAAGUAGAAGAAAGUUUUCUCUCUUUCUCGGCAGUGAAACAGUCAUUUAUUCACAAUUCAUCUCUGCUAGCUCUUAUCUGAACGCAGCUCCUAGUCAGCAUCUGUCUAAAGCAGAUGGCACUACCCACUCGAACCAAAUCCGUUUUGAGAUGGGCAGAAGCCACGGGUAGGUGGAAAAUUACUGGCAAAUUAAAGAUCCAUGUUGGAACCGUCCUAAGUUAUUUCCAGUCUGUUCCAUGGUUUCCCGUUCGUACUCUUGGAGUUAGCAUUUAUUACACUGAGCUCUUUUCCUAUGUGCUUUUACUCUGAAAAAUACUGAUGCAGAGAAGCUGCUGAGGGUUUGCUGUGUUGUCCAGGCGUGACUCCUGUCAAAUAUGUAUAGUAUGCACAUUACACCGUGUGUGUGUGUAUUUUAUAUAGUGUGUGUGCUUGUAUUUAUAUAUGUGUAUGCAUAUGUGUGUGCGCACAAUAAAUGUGUGUACAUACACACACACAAAUAUAUAAUAUUUAGUAAGUCCCAUUGUACCUGGAAGCCUUACAGUCCUGGCUGACUACUUCCCUUCCUUUACAUGAACAGCAGUAAUAAGGUUUCCACCAGCCAAACGAGAUGUUCCCUGGCACCCGACACAAAAGCCAACAAGGUUGUACAGAGAAUAUUUGCAUUCAUGAAGCCAGAAAAGUGAAAAGGUGCCCUAGGACUUAGCUGGCCUAUCACCAUCAGCUAAACUUGCUAAACUGUGUUUUGAGAGAGAGCUUGAAAGGCAAUUGUGGGUGAUCCACCACCAGAAAGAUGAUAAAAUCAUCUGUGAAUUGCCGCAGCAUCUUCCGUGAGUUCAGUUCAGGUACUUGAAAUAAUAUUGUACCGAUUGACUAGCUGGAUUGCUUUACAAAGAGCAACAAAGAUGAUCAAGGUAUGGAUCGGCUGCUGUACCACAAGAAACUAAAAAUCUCUAGGCCCCUUCAGUUCAGAAAGAAGGGUGAUGGGGUCUAUAUAAGAGAGGUCUAUAAAAUCAUGAAGGGUGUGGAUAAAGUCAACAGGCAACUGGUAUUCCCCAAGCCCCAAAUGUAGGACCCUAGGAGCAGCCAGUCACAUGAGUAGGGGGCAGGUUUAAAAAAACAAGAGGAAACAUUUUUUAUGCAGUGUCCCAUUAACUUAGGCAGCUUGCAAGAAGCAGGCAGUAUCGCCAGGCUCGAAAGGGAUUAGACAGCUUCGUGGAGGACAAGUGCAUUGAGAGCUGUUAAAUAGAAGAGUCAUGGAUGUGUCCUCUGACCUCCCGAAACCCAUGGCGGUGGAUAGCAGGGAGGAUGCACCGCACGGGAUACGCUUCAAAGCAUCUGCUACUUGCCGCUGUCAGAGACAGGCCACUUGGCUAGGUGGAUCCCUGGUGCGAUCCAGCAUGGCAUUUCUUAUGUUCAGGUGCUCAAAUGAGCAGGGUUGGCUCUUAACAGACCAUCCUGCCUUGCAGGUUGGGACCAAGUUGCACGCUCGCGGUUUCUGGUGCAACUGCCAGCCUUGUUAUGCGGGGAGUUUUCCUACAGUGGCUGCAGGCAGUCUGAGAAGGCAACCUGGCAAAUGGAUCGGGAAGAUGGUAGUAGCCCUGUGCUCCAUGCUGCGGAUGGCUGUAACCCUUCACUAGCGCUCUCCCAUUAUAAAACCACGGCCGGGCAUGCAGGAUCCAGCUCUAAGGAUCACUGGGGUUGCCUUGCUGCAUGCCUCCCCGGGCAGCCGUCUCGCAGCAGCGCGCUCACCCUUUUUUUUCCUUUCAAACAAGCAUCUGGCUUGUGGCCUGGUUCCUAUUAACGCUUUCCAAACACGAGAUUUUUGCCUGGUCACUUCUCUAAAGAGUUAACAGUCUGGAAGGGCCGUGCUGAACACGUGUCUCAAACCACUAUCUCUGCAGCGCCUGGUGAGGGUGAAGGGGAGAAGUCAAGGACAGAUCCUUUAUAUUUAGCCAUGGUGUGUUGCCAAUCCCAAGCAUUCAACAAUCCUGACUCAGGCCUCAAAUAUGUAUGAGAUUUGACUUGUAAAAAACGAUGGGAUUUUGUACUUUUUCCUUUUAGUUUAAUGAGCAUUUCUGGUCUAGGUUUUGUGCUGGUCUCUGCGCGAGCAUGAGAGUGAGACGCACGGAGGGAUGGGGGUCCAAAGCUCCACUUUUCACUCGUUGCAGCCCCCCAGGAGCUGAGGCUUUAAGAAAAACACCAGCUAGCAGGAGUCUGGUUACCAAACUGUGAGCACUAGCAAUGCUGGCUGCAUCCCACGGCUGGUGCAGCUCCCUUCCCCUAAGCAUUUCAUGCUCAGCCUGUAACAUGUGGAGAGGAGACAGUUUUUAAAGCAUAGGGCGAUUACAGAGACCGGCGUGGCCUGCCCAGGAACACACCACUGGUCUAUGCAAUGAAACCCUCUAGCUCCUCCACCAGUGCUGAACUACACAACUUGUCUUUCUUGCCUGUUUCCUCUGCCAGUCUAGAUCAGCUUUUCAGCUGGUGCCAACUGGUGCAGCUCUGGGGAGGUCAUUACUGCGUGGGGAGGAACAUGUGCAUCCAGGUGUCUGCAAAGGUCUGCUGAUCUAUGUCCACCGAGGCUCUGACAUAUUAUUUAGCCAGCUAAGGGAUGUGACUAGGGAUAGUGUGUGCUGUCCUUAGCAAGGGACUGGUGCAAAGUGAACCAGACACUGCUCAGGCAAUGCAGAGGGGCUGAGCAGAGUGAGGAGAUGGGGGGCUACAGUGGCUGGCAGUAAUGAAGGGACCUCAGCUCUGCGAUCCUGAUGCCCUAGAUUUCUUGUUACCUGCAGUGUCUUCCAAAAGAUGGCCCAGGGCAUUUUUACCAAACCCCAGGUAAUUUGCCUGGAAAGUUUGAUUCAUGCCUGCAACCAGCUGUGCAAGACAGAGCCCAUUGGAGCAACAUAUUGCAAAGGGGGUGGGCAGUGGGGCGGACCCUGCCCGCAGAUGCCAAAUCAGUCCCUUUGGCUGGAGCAAAAUCCCAGCCAGAAGUAAAUCUUCCAAGAGGGUUUAAUUCUCCUAAAUCCUUUUUUUCUGCAGCCUCUUGCAGUCCCCAGUGCCCGAGCACGUGACCAUAGCCUGGCCGUAGACGAUGAAAGGUGUUGUUCUGUCCCGGGGGCCGGGGCCCAGCCUGCAGGCAGGGCAAGGGGUGGGAUUUAAGUCACGAGACCUGGGAAGAUAUUGCCCCCUCCGUAUGCAAAUGCUGAGUGCCGGUAGAGCACCCUCGUUGUGCAGGCAUCCUGCCUUGAAUGGGCGUGUGCAGUGGUAGGCCAUCCGACGGGGGCCGGGUGCGUGACUCGCACCCCCGGUGGCACACGGAAAUCUCAAAAACGUGGCUUUGCAAGGCAGUGCCAUGGCAACAUGCCCCUGGAGGCCUGCCCUUAGAAAAAGCACCAGCCCUCCCUGUGUCUAGCAGCUGCUGCUGCCACAGCCUCCCUCCUCCCACCUGGUCCCAGACGGGAGCUAUUCUUCACUCACUCCUAACUUCAUUAACUUCGGCUCCUCCCGUCUAAGGAGGCAGCUGGCAGGGCCAGGAUGAAUUAUGGCCGUCGUGGUAUUGCAGGAAGGCCUCAGAUGUGCAAGGGACCGGUCAGGUAGAUGCACAGGCUCCGUGUCUGACUCAACGGGCGAGUCGCUGGGGAAACCGUGGCCCGAAACCCCAUGCAAGCCUGUGAGAGAAGGUGCAUUAAUCAAGGUGUCAUCCUAGAUCGGCCUGAUGCCCAGGUUGUUCCUGACCUGUAGUCCCUUCCCAAUGCACAUGUUUUCCCUCUGUGUAGUGACUGUAUGGAUGGGCUGCCCCUCAGAUGGGCUGCUGUCACCCCUUCUUUCUUUCUGCUGCUUGCCUCCUGCUGGAAAGGAGAAAAGGGGAGACCCACGUUACAGCAGCCAUCGCCGUUGCACUCCCGACGUCUCUUCCGAGACCCCCCAGCCCUGGGUGACGUUUGCAUCUCUGCCCUUCACGUAAAGAGCAUCGCCGUUUCACUGCCUUUUUUUUUUUUCUCUCCCUUUUCUUUGC